AAAUUCAAUGUCUUCGUGGUCAUCAGCUGUUGUCUUUGGUAAUCUGCAAUCUUGCAGCAGAUUAAUCAAAAACCAAAGUCUAUUUACGACAACCGGAUGAUGCUUGAUAGCUGUAAACGUGCAGAAUCCUGCUUGAUAGUGAACCCAAACAUUGGCUGAUCUUCUACAAUAUUUAUUGCUGUGUUGUUAUUAUUGUCAUAGAUAUAUGUUGAGGUUUAAAUUUAGUAUAUGGCAAGAGUUGAUUCGAUGCUGAAAAGAUGGAGGUUAACCCAUUGAGCAUCAUACUGGUUAAGUCGGACAGCAAAGGGGACAGACUGCUUUUCAGAUAUCCAUUUCACAUGCAAGAGAAGAACGAACCAUCAAAUGCUCGUCGUCGUAAUCCCUACACCUUGCCCAUUGUUGAUGAUUCCCUGCAGACCAUACCACAGCCACGUUCCAACAUAAACAAAUGUCAGCUGACGGGAUUCACUGACGAGGUACUCUCGUCGCUGUUUGCGGUAAAACCGGAGCUGUGCAAUAGGAAAUUCGAACUGAAAGUGAACGAUGUCCGUUUCGUCAGUCAUCCCACGUUGCUUCAGUUGAGGAAGAAGCAGCUGGAUACAUCUGGAUGUUUACUGAUAAAUGUGGUCUUUGCACUACAAGCUCUGGCAACUCAUUCAGUUGUUAAAUGUUACCAUGACUUGAGCAAGCUGAUGGGAAUACUGCUGGAGCACGAGGAAACACGAUGCGGUUACGUGAACGACGAAAUGCAAGUGAUGAUGACCGCGCACGACGAUGGAUAUGCAAGUAACCCGGACGCCGCAUUCCUUACGAUCCUCGAGAAGAGCAUUCUUGCGAAGAACCUGAAGAAAAUGUACGAAGACCUGUGCGGCACCGGCCUCGUCAACAUCCGCAUCAACAGAUGGAUUCCACUGAAUUUCUGCUUACCACAGAAAGUGCAUCAGUGGCAUCUGCAGGGUAAGCUCGUGGAACCGGAGGACAUAGAUCGAUGCAUCAAGUCGCUGAGACCGUACCACAGUUUGCUGCUGCUCUGUCCGGUGCAAUCCAUCAACGAUUUCAUCUCUCUGGACGGAUCACCAUCCUUGAAACGCAUGCUGACGCAGUACUCGCCGCUGAAGAAUCUGCAAACGCUCGCCACGGAUUCUGAUUUGACGCCGUCCCAUAUCUUCGACCUGACGGCGCAUCUGGUGUACUGGGCUAGGGCCACGGUAAUCUACCCGAUCUGUUCGACCAACAAAUACGUGAUAGCUCCAGAGGCUUCAUUGCAUCUUAAUUCGCCACUGGUCGACAAGUUCAGCGAGUUGUUCCAAGGGAUGAAUCUGAUAAGAGCAAUCAGCGAGUUUUCUCUCCCCACGUCCCUCGGACAGAAGUGCAAUCCGCUACAUCACCCUUCCCAGCAAUCGACCUUGGUACAGAUGAUCAUCUGGAUGCUUCAGAACCAUCUUUUGCUUCAGCUACACACUUAUAUCCAAUUUAUGAUAGCAGAUCAGUUCGUGGCCAAUCAAUCCGAAAGCGAGUCGAUUAGUGCAACGAGAAAAAUGCGAACGGAAUCGGAGAGUGGCACAUCGACUAUAUCCGAAGGCUUGGAGAGCAAAUCCGAAGCAGAAACUAAAAACAGCUCCGAGAACUUCAGUUAUAAUUCGACCGACGAAGACAAGCACGAUUACCACGAGGAGCUGCUGUUAGAUUUCACCGACGAAGAAAGGAGCAUUAUCUUUAAGAUACCAGCAUCGAACAACACUGACGAUCUGAGGCUAUUCGCCCGGCUAUGUCGCAAAAAGUAUUUCACAGGAAACCACCACAUCGAGGAAAUAAUGUAUUUGGAAAAUCUGAGACGCAGUCAGUUGCUGCAACUUCUGGACAAGUUCCGCGAUGUAUUGAUUACCUACGAAACCGAAGACCCGACCAUCGCAAUGUUUUCCUGUCCUUGAUUGAGGGCACCCUCAACCUGCCAUUGGAAAUGUAAAUAUAUGGAAAAAUGAAGAUGAAAAAAAUGUCUCACGUGUCCAACAAAUACUGGCUGGAAUAAAUGCGAAUCUUUGCAGAAGAUAUGGACGGAAUGUACGUUGUGAUUCAAAAAGAAUAUAAUAUAUAUUUGAUUCUA